AUGCAAGAACCUAUUAGAAACUCCGGUGCAGUAUCAACGGAUAACCAAAGCAAACUAUAUCCAAAACUUAAGGGCUUUUCAAUUGCGCAGUUAAAUAUUACCAGUCUGACUAAACAUAUUGACGAACUCAGGAUUCUCAUAACAGAAAUGAACUUUGACAUACUAUGUAUUAAUGAAACAAGAAUUGACAAGAAAAUUAAGAACUCAGAAAUAGGACUUCAGGGAUACGACUUAACAAGACGUGACAGAAAUAGACGCGGUGGGGGUGUAGCAAUAUACAUACGUAAUACCAUACCAUACGUGGAGAGGUCAACAAUAAUCCCUGAAAAUGUAGAGGCAGUAUGUAUCGAAGUAAGAAAGCCGAAUGCCAAGCCAAUACUCAUUUCGACGUGGUACCGACCACCAAACUCCAAUUCUGAGAUUCUCGACUCUUUUGAAAUCUUUCUUCAAAACAUUGACACAGAAAAUAAAGAAAUUAUAAUAACUGGAGACUUUAAUAUAGAUUUAAUGCCCAGUGAGAACGAGAAUAGUAAGGCAAAAAGACUUAAAGAAUUACUAAACACAUAUCAAUUGUCUCAACUUAUUAAAAAGCCUACUAGAACAACAGAAUCAACGAAGACGCUCUUAGAUUUAAUAAUUUGUAAAACUGACGACCCAAAAACCGCUACAACGGACGUUGUUGAGCUAGGUAUAAGCGACCACAACCUAGUCUACACUUGUAGAAAGGUCGGAAUAUGUAAACAAAAACCCAAAAUUAUUGAAACGAGGCAAUACCAUAAACUAAAUAAUGCGAAAUUCCAAAACGAUUUAAAACAAGCUUUACUACAUAUUAAUGAACAUUCAGAUCCAAAUACGGCCCUACAGGAAUGGAACAGAAUUUUUCUACUGAUAGCUGAUAUAAAUGCUCCUAUACGAUUGAGAAAAGUGAGAAGUGACCGACAACCGUGGAUGACUGAUGAAAUUAAAAAACUCAGCUUUCACAGAGACUACUUAAAAAAGAAAGCAGUCAUGUUAAAUUCCUCUGCCUUUCAUAGUUCAUACAAAAAAUGUAAAAACAAAGUAACUAAACUUAUUAGCAAUGCAAAAACUCACUACUUUAGAACCAAUCUCGAAAACAGCAAAAAUUGCAAAGAAAACUGGAUUCACAUAAACAAACUGCUUCCAACUCGCCACGCGUCACUCACACAUGCUGACAGGGACGACUGGAGACAAGUCUGGACAAAACGGUCAAAACUCAGACGAUCAAUAACAUUAAAUUUGGAGACCAAAAUAUUACAGGUGAUAUCAACAUAGCAAAUACAAUUAAUAACUACUUUGUAGAAAUUGGACCCAAACUUGCUUCCAUUAUUUCUCCUACAGACAUAGACCCUAUACAACCUUGUAGAUCUGAAUUUAAGUUAAGAACAAUAACAACGACAGAAUUAAUUCAAACAAUUGGGAAAACUAACUUAAACAAGGCCCCAGGUCUAGACAAAAUACCAAUUAAACUAAUUAAACUAGUAGGAGAUGCCAUUCACGACUCCUUACUACAUAUCUUUAACCUUGUACUGGGCACUGGCAUUUUCCCAGAUGAUUUAAAACUUGCAAAAAUAAUACCUAUUCAUAAAGAAGGUGACAAGGCGGAAUGCGGAAACUACCGGCCUAUAUCUGUAAUUUCUACUGUCGCCAAAAUCCUUGAAAAGAUUAUAUACGACCAAUUAAGUUCAUAUAUCAAUGACAACGACAUCAUUUGUAAACAGCAAUUUGGCUUUAGACCAAAUCAUUCUACAGAAACUGCCCUUUUAAAAUGCACAGAUCAAUGGCUACUCAACAUGGAUAAAGGAAUGGCAAAUGGAGUGCUAUUUUUGGAUCUUAAAAAAGCGUUUGACACGGUUGAUCAUUCUAUUCUCCUACAAAAGCUAUACCAAUAUGGUAUAAAGGGUACUCCUCUAAAAUUACUAGCAUCUUACUUAAACAACAGAAAACAAGUUUGUGUCAUUAAUAAUAAGAAGUCAGGCCAAGAAACAGUUCAAUGUGGAGUACCACAGGGUUCCAAUCUGGGACCAUUGCUAUUCUCAUUGUACAUAAAUGAUUUACCAAUGUGCCUUGAGUACACACAAGCAUCCAUGUUUGCUGAUGACACCAAUCUAUCAUGCACAGGAAGGACCCCAGCCGAAAUUGAGCACAAACUAAACGCUGACUUAUCCAAUGUUAACGACUGGUUAGAAGCAAAUAGGUUGACAUUGAACACAGACAAAACAGAAUUUAUGAUAAUAGCCUCAAAAAGAAAACUUAAUCAAUUUCGCACUGAUAUUCGUAUACAUAUAAACGGAUCCAUUAUUAAACAAGUUAAGCAAAAAAAAAACCUUAGGUAUUACAAUUGA